AUGAACAACCCUGGUGUCCCUGUAACUAUUUAUCAUGUAGCAGGAUUUGUGCGAGAAGCUCUAAUUAAGGCAGCUAUUCCAGUAAACAUUAUUGCCAGUUUUGAGAAGCCAGGCAUAUAUCUUUUCAGCCGAUCUGUAUUUCAAGAUGCAGAUUACAUCAUGUCUACAGUAACGGAACAGCUGGAUCCAAAUGAGAGAGCUAACAAUCCAAAUGGAUCCGAAAACCUGAGAGAGACAGUAACCACCUCAGCAUCAAAAACUUCAUUGACAGUAAUAGCUACGGCCAUAACCAAUACUAAUGACUCAUUCAUAAGUCCAUCAGAUUUCAAAAGUUAUCCUAAAGUACAGCCUAAACAGAAUACGAGAAAACCCAGAAGGAAGGGUAAAUGUAUGAUUGUCACAGAUAGUCCAGAGAAGAAUGAAAUACAGGAACGUGAAACACAACAGAUAGAGAAAAAACAGAAAUCUGAAAAAAGGAAAAGACAGCGAAAAACAUUAAAAACCUUCGGGUUAAAAGAUACUGCUGGCAAAGGACUGUUUCCGCAAUUAUUUAACACCGUCGAAAAUCAAUAUUAUAUCGGACUGAUACCAUAUGCAAGAUACUAUUCUCCCGAAACGAUGAGACCGCAUGAGUGUGAACAGUUUUUAGAAUGGUACGAGGAUAUGGUGCGCAAAAACAUAGAAUUUGAUUUCCAACGGGAAAUUGUGAGCUAUUGCCGGAACGAUGUCGACAUUCUUCGACGGGCUUGUCUUGCGUUCCGUAAGAUUUUCCUGGAUCGUGGAAAAGUAUGUCCGUUUGAAGAAUGCACAACCAUCGCCUCUACGUGCAUGAAAGUUUUUCGUAAAAACUUUCUGCGUGAAAAGGAGAUAGGUAUUAUUCCUUUGGGUGAGUAUCGGGUGAAUCGUGAUAGCCUACUCUCGACUACCGUAAAGAGGAAUAUGAUUGACUUGCAAUACGAGUGUACACGCGUAACAACAUCUCGUCUACAGAAGCUAGGUCACAUCAUAAUGGAGAAGUGGGAGUGCGUCUUCGAUCGGGAGUUGCAGGACAAUCAACCAAUGCGCGAUUUCCUUGCGAAUAACUCGAUGUUAGAAACUGAGCUUCUCGAUCCUCGCGAAGCAUUCUUUGGUGAUUGUACAGGGAACAUCGUCACCCGGUACGAUGUUACGGGUACGGAAAAGAUACGUUACGUAGAUGUAUGGUCCUUAUACCCGUUUGUGCUAAAGACGGGCUCUUUUCCGCUCGGUCACCCGGACAUGUACGUGGGCGAAGAAUGUUCCGCUUUGAUUGGUAUAGCCCCCGGUUUUGACUUUAGCAGAGUGGAGGAGGUCGUGCGGUGCAAGGUGCUCGCUCCGCGUGAUUUCUUUUACCCUAUAUUUCCAUUUCGCGUUCGCAGAAAAUUAUUGUUCGCCCUAUGCCGUAGUUGCAACGAGACAUUUUCUCAAUUUCCGUGCACACACGACACACCGGCCAAUCGAGAAUUCGAGGGUACCUGGGUAUCCUGUGAAUUACGGAAGGCUAUAGAGAAGGGCUAUAUCGUCAGGUCCGUGAGCGAGAUAUGGAAAUACAAGAUUUCACAAUACGGCCCAAGUACUCGGCUGGAGGUAUGUUCGCAGGAUAUAUCAACUGCUUUCUGCAACUUAAGCAGGAGCGGAUGGCCUACUGAAUGCACCGGCGAUGAAAAGGCCAAAGAGCGAUACCUGCAGGAAUACGAAAAAACAGAGGAUAUUGUUUUCGAUAGAAACAACAUCGCGAUAAAUUCGGGGUUGCGUUCGGUUGCAAAGCUUUAUCUAAAUUCGUUCUGGAGUAAAUUCGGUCAGUGA